UCAGUUGUCCUCUUCCUGCAGGGCUGCGUGCGCUCUGCUGCCCGCCUCCUCGGUCAGUCAUGUUGGAGCAUCUGAGUUCACUGCCCAGGCAGAUGGACUACAAGGGCCAGAAGCUGGCUGAACAGAUGUUUCAGGGAAUUAUUCUUUUUUCUGUGACAGUUGGAUUUAUCCACAGGUACGUGGCUGAGUAUUUCAGGUGGACUGUCUGUAUAGUUAUGGCUGGAUUUGCAUUUUCAUGUUUGCUGACACUUCCUCCUUGGCCUAUCUAUGGCCGACAUCCUCUCAAGUGGUUACCUGUUCAAGACUCAGGCAUAGAAGAUAAGAAACCAGGGGAAAGAAAAAUUAAGAGGCUUGCUAAAAAUAAUUAA